CCAGUGAAUAGGCACAACGCUGAAGACGCGCAUCCUAACGCGUAUGAACUGCCUUAUUCGGACAGGUGCGCGAGUGCAACGGUUCCAGUGACGAUCUAGCCCUCGUCCAGAGAACACAUCAAAGUCGCCGUGUAACUUGCGGCCACGCGGUCACAGGCCUGUUAAGCAAGCUAGGGGCAAGGCGACCAGCCCCAACUACGAAGUCCAACACCCCCACAUAGCUGAACAAGCUACACAAGCUUAUCACAAGGGGUACACACCAUCAUCCCCACAACAGCAAGGCCUCCGCGGUGGUUUGCUUGGCGUUGGAGCCCUUAUUUUCGGCUGUCAAUACUUUCUUUUGAUUUCAUUUUCCGUUCUCCUCUUGUGAGGGAUCCCUCUUUUGUCAACCUAGACCCCUUCGUCACACAUUCUUUCGUCAUCUACAGUCGCGCCGCUUGGGAGCGCUUGGGAGCGACGCCUUGAACUCCCGCCCGGCUGUACACACACAAUCCUGCCGGCCCUUGUCGUUCCGCGUGAGCCAUGUCGGGCCGCAGCGCAUAUGUACGCAAAAAGAUCACCCAGACCAAGGACGGCUCCCACGGGGGCGACAAGGGGUCAAGCUCGGGGUCUGCAGGCCGUGGGCGAGCGAAAUCUUCCUCGGCCACCAUCAGCUCCUCCGACGAUGGCGCUACCGUACACGAGUUCCCCCUGCCGGGGCGCCAGGACACCGGCGUCGGCGCCACAAACGCACGGCUCCUCAAGUUCGCCGAGCCGAUCCGAGAGAACGAGCUGGCGAGCUUCCGCCCUGGCGAACUCCCGGGCUACGCAAGCCAGAGCGGUGAGAGCCAGAGCGGUGGCAGCAACGACGGCCACCGCGAAACAUCCUCGGGCUCGCAGUUCAAGGGACCCCUGCAGGACUUCGCCUACGCCCGCGCGAGGAGGCCUGUCAUUAAGACGGAGGAGGUGUCAGGCAUCGAGAAGUCGGGAUUCAGGAGUGCCCUGGACAAGAAGACGGAAGAGGUCCGCAAGGGCAUCGCAAAGACGUUCACCUUCCGCAAAAAGGACAAAGGCGGCGGUGACGGGGACAGGGCCGGCCUGGACUUCAGACCACCUUCUUCGGCCACUGUGAGGCCACACGGCGCGCUUCACCCGGCCCAUGACGACCUCGACGAAUGCUGGUCUCCCUUUAGCAACGAGCCUACCUCGCCGAUGCCGCCGCCGCCGGGGUCGUACGGGGACCAGCCGCCAUGGGAGUCGAACUCGAGGGCCCCGAUGUCGCCGCAGCAGUCGAACUCGGCCAGAUCGCCAGUGUUCCCGCCCGCGCCGUCACUACCGCCCAUAAAGAGGUGGAGCGGUGGCGGGCGCCCCGUCCAGCGCUGGAACAAGCUACGCAAAGAUCCAGAACUGUGGGACAUGGGCGGAGACGUCCUCGUAUUCUUCGGGUACAAGGGCCAGCAGCCGAGGCCAAAUCCGUCGUUCCGGCUGUCGUCGCACAUAAUCGAGGCCACCGAGUCCAGAUACCUGAUCAUGCUCCUCCGCGAGGGCUUUACAGACGACGAAGACAUGAGCGUGGCCGGGCCUGCGUCCAUGAUGGCGCAUCGCCACGCCUCGCGCGCCGAGAGCAGCCUUUCCGGACAGAGCGGGGGCCGGAGCGCACCCGGCAUGUCGAUGUCGGAGGACAGCGAGGCAGAUGGUCAGAUCAGCUACGAGCUGUACUUCCCGAACCCUCCCAACCUGACGCGGAUCGACCAGCUGCGAUACCACAUCACGACGCGCAACGUCUUUGCGCUCCUGUACCACGCCUCGCUCGUCGGGCUCUCGCUAUACCAGACGCUCAGGGACUUGCACGCCCGGCUCGAGACGUACAUGUCGGCCGAAACGGACAGCCUGGGCGCCAUCGUCCAGUACCUAGCGGCGCGGGGUAUUGAUGAUGUGCGCAAUGACGUCGAGGGCGCCGUCUCGCUGCUGGCGUGGUCCGAGUCGGCCGACGUGCGCUGGGGCGAGGGCUGGCGCGAGUGCUUCCUGCACUGCGCCGGCAUGUACCCUCGCGUGGAGCUGUGCGCCGACUUCAAGAACAUCUCGCCGAUAACGCGCGCGCUCCUCGAACGGGCCUCGCUCGAGACGCAGCUCAGGGUCCAGGCGGCCGAAGAGCGCCUGGCCGAGUUCCAGUACGGCGAUAUGUGGCCCUCGGCGGUAGCAACAAUCGCGAGCACGAGCGGGCCAGUGGUGUCCAGCCCGGCCAAGGCGGCGGCGGACAGGCUCCAGAAAUUUCUGGUCGGAUACUACAGUGGCAUGUACGGGCGCUGGCCGCCGCUGCCACCACCGCCGGCCAACAACAUGCCCGGGGUGGCGGUGGGCGACCCGGACGACGAGAUGUGGCUCACGCGGACGGUGGCGCAGAACCUGCAGAAGGACUUUUCGGCAUUGUACGAUUACCUCGUUGACCGCGACAUCGUCUGGGAUGGGUCCGAGGCUCGCGCAGGGCGCAAGUGGAUGCUGGUCAGCACGGGCGGCAACCGUGGCUUCGAGGCUGACAGCGAGGACCUGCCAAUGACGGACAUGCUGAUCGAGUUCGACAACCGCCUCCGGUUCCCGCACAUACCACGGCCGUACCCGCUCGUGCCAGAAUCGAUCCCGCCGCCUCCGUCGUCGUCAGCAGCGGCUCGCAGCGGCAACGGCAAGGACAAGGUGAGCAAGAAGAGCAACGGCAGCGGGGCCUCGACGCCGGCAAGCGGCCGCAACGCCGCCCUGGAACGGAGGGUGGCGCUUGCGUAUACGGAGGCUACAAACAUCAUGCUGCUUGGCUCGGAAUUUGUGCAGUCGAACCUCAUCGACGCCUUCAUCAAGUUCGAGAAGAGUGACCGGGUCGGCGAGGUGGAUCCGUCGACGGCGAGGCGCGGCAGGUGGACGCUCAUCUACGGGGUAUUGCAAACGCUGGCGAGCGUGUCGGUCGACGCGCCCAACAUGCGGUACCGCGAAGAUGUCGCCUACCACCUCUCGCCACGACUAAAGGGCGCCAAGGUGCCACCGUGGAAGAAGGGAAGCGGCGGGGCGCCACAGGAGGCGGGACACGAGCUCUCGUACUGCUGGCUCGCCCCGCAGAUAUGGGCGGCGGCAGCGGCAGGCAGUGGGGCGGAGAGCUCGGCAGCCGAGUCGGGAGGGUCAGGCAACAACAGCCCCGUACAACGCGGCGGCGGCGGCUUUCUACCACUUCCUACCAAAGGCAGAGGCGGCAGUCAGCUGGGAGGCACGAGGUCGGCAUGGUCAACCGGGUCGACGGCGAUGAGCAUGUCCAGCUACCUGCCUGCACUCAGCUCAGCAGCCAGCGUCAUGUCGGAUAGCGACGCGGGGUCCAGCGUGCGGACGCCGGUGUCGUCGGGCUCGCGUAAGGGCAGGACGGGCGGUUCGAUGAAGAGCGGAGGACGCUGGUUCGAGCCGGGAACCGGGCCGGGCGCCAUAGAGACGGUCAACGAGGUGGACUGGCCCGCAAGCGACGGGCGAGACCAGUGGGGGCAGGCGAUGCAGCAGCAGCAGCAGAUGCAGCUCCAACAGCAGCAAAACGGGGUGCCAAGGCGUCGAGACCAGAGCGGAAGCCGGCACCGCAGCAGCAGCCGGGGCCACGGCGACGCGGACAGCCUAUCGGCGGGCGUCUCGCGGGUGGCGACGGGGGGGUUCCUGGUGCUGGACGACUUUGCGGACGACAGCACAGGCUACAUGAUGGGACCGGCCGGGCGGGAGGCGGACAAGGCCGUGCUGGGGACGAGCCGGGGCGGGACGUCCUCGUCGGCGCAGGGGCGGUCUGGCAAGGGGUCGGGGCAGAGGAGGACGGCCGAAUCGGCUGAUCGGACGUCUAGGAGCAUGAUGAUCCGGGAUUUCGACGAUCUCGAGGAAGGGCUAAGUGAUCUGCCAAGCCUAGUGCGGUGAGAGGCGGUGUUCCUGUGUUGUUUGUUAGGUGGCACGUACAGGGUAGACAGGGAGGUGGUAUGUAAUGAGACGGUGGGUGGCAGCAAGCGAUCUUCUUGGGCACAUAGUAAGGAACAUGAUCUGGGUCGGGUUUGACCGCAUGUAUGCACAAUGCUCUUGUCUCUUGUAGUCUUUUUCCCAAUCUGGUCAUGUUCAUGAUU